AUGGCAUUUUCGGAUCAUAUGUCGGAUGCCUCAAACUUUUUCAAUUUUAUGGUUUUGCAAGUACUUCAUGGCCCCGUGGACUUGAAGUUUCCGAGCACUCAAAACAAUGUCACGUUUUGUACCAGUGGAAAAAAGAUUUUCACGCAUCCGCAACAUCCAUCGAUAGCACUGCAUCUUUCGGAGUUUGCAGCCAGGAGUUUGGCAAUCAAUCUUGGCACUCGGGAAAAAAUAGAGCACAUCAACCAUGGUUUUGGUGAUGCAAGCGAUUCAUCCAUUAGGAAACUGCUUUUUGUCUUACGUCCAUUCAAAGAUGAUUUGUUUGUUCAAGUGGGCUCCACUGAAGAACCGUAUUACGGGGGAAUAGAUGAGCUUUGCGAACGUUUUGAUUCAUGGGUUCGCUGUAUUCGUGACAAGGACUUGUUAGCAAAGGAACAACGUCUAGCAGAAAAAAGCUGCUGCUCAUCCAUCGUGAGCAACUCGUCCAGGUUUUUUGUACGGUCUACUGGUCCCGAGUGGGUAUCACUUCUUCAAUCCGUUCACCUGUUUGUGAAUAGGGAUAAAGAUGCCGAUGCAGUGCCGUACAUCUGCAGGCCUCCCGAACCUCGACCAACCAACGCUCCGCGACUUAAAGUCCCUAAGCUCUUCAACCGGCAACAGCAUCCUUCUUCGAUAGAAACGGAUGCAGUCCUCAUGUCCAGUAGGAAUGCGAGUCAGAAUCAACAAUUAGCUCAUGAGAAUGGCAAUACUGCGAAUACCAACGUUAUGGACCCAUCCAGUAAUGCUCGUGGUGACAUGAAUAUAGCAAGGAGAGCAAGUGAUCACCAUUACCCCGUCCAAAUAGGCGUGGUGAAGCAGAAUGCCUCCCACGUUGUACCAAUGCAGGGAAGGAAUUUUGUACCAUCGUCAAAUGUCCCGCGCUCUUUUUCUGAAAGUCAUCCUCCCGUGACAGCACCUCAGCAGAACGUCGCGGUUACGACUCAACCAACACAAUGGCAGAUCGUUCAACCGGGCACUAUUCUACAGGUUCAACUAGCGCAGCCACAAGGCACUUCUGUGACACCGGUGCAAGCUUCUCCUUUACGUGCUCAGCAAGUAGUGGUACAGAGUCAGCAACAAUCGCCAGUUGUUUACCAAGUGGCCUCAAUAGGACAGCAACAUUUGAUGAAACAGACAACUACAGGUUCGAAUAAGGUCGACGGCUCUCGAUUAUUAUUCGUUAAUAAUGCAAGUCCUUCGAGAGUACCCCUUCUCGGCGCUCCUUCUCAGGCAACUGUAGCGGCCGUGAAAAGACCCUCUCGAACAAGCGCUCGUUUGAAGAAGGAGGUUGAGACUAUUGCACUUGAUGACGACGACGAGACGAAUGUGGCUAAUACGUCGUCAUCGGCCGGCAACUGCGAUGGGGAUGAAAAUGGUAGCAGGGACGGUGUGAAUGGAGAACCGAGCGAAAAGCGACCACGACUGGAUGAUCCAAUCAAGGACGAAGUUCUUCUUGUGUUUCCUCCUGGUGAAAGCGGGGCGAUCACGCUUCAUUUCGAAGACUUACGGGUGCUGGCUCAUGGCGAAAUGCUUAACGACAACAUUAUAGAGUUUUAUUUGAAAUAUAUCCGUGCUAAGCUUGUGGAAAAAGAACAACGGGACAAAGUCUUUGUAUUCAAUACAUUUUUCUAUCAAAAGCUAACAGAGAAGCAGCCGUCGAUCUCAAUUUUGAACAAGAAUCAUCGCAGUUCUGUUGGGCGAUUCGAAUGGAUCAAGAGAAAUUUCUCCAAAGUGAAGUCAUGGACGAAGAAAGUGGACAUCUUCAAUAUGGACUACAUAGUUUUGCCAAUCAAUGACGAGAUGCAUUGGUACUUGGUUAUCAUAGUGAAACCGGCGUUGGCUGUCGUUACACAACGCACUGAAGACGUGGAACAAGCUCGAAAGCGUGGUUCUUUCAGAGCAGAUCCUGAUACAUUCAUCGUAGUACUUGAUUCCCUGCCUGAUCCAAAUGAUGUGAAGAGGAAAUGUGUGCUGGAUAUCUUGAGAGAUUAUUUGGAGUGCGAACUCGCUGACAAACGUGGUAUUCAUGGAGAAGUAUACCUGGAUAGAACACGUAUAGGUGCCCUUUAUCCCCAAGGUGUUCCACAUCAAGAAAACUACGUGGACUGUGGCCUUUACCUGUUACAAUUUGCUGAGGCUUUUCUUACGAAGCCCCCGCUCGGAAAAAUGUUGAGACAAGGUGCGCGGUGGAAGGAGUGGUAUCCCUGGUUCGAUCAUUCAAUGUACUUUAUGCGUGACAAAAUCAGUAGACGAUUACAGGGGCUAUGUAAUAAGAAAGUCAGUUUGUGCAUUGCUCUUUUAGCAUGGCAACGGUUAGUAGCUUAUGAGCAUCAACAAGGACGAGGUGUUAAUGUUGAAACGUCAGCUGUGGCGAUUGAAAAGGCACGACGGCCGAGACGUCAUAGUGAAACUCGCCUUCAUGAGCCACAUCCAAGGGCUCGCAAAAGGACUCACUCCGAACCACCAAAUAUCAAAAAGUGUGCCCCACCUGCUCCAAGGAUGGUACCAUGA